UAGCCUCAAUUCGUUCUCUGAUGUAGGCUGUUGUAUUAAGCGAAUGUUAAAGGAAAACAUCCAUCACUCACUAGGGUCUCUCUCUCUAAAAAAAAAAAAAAAAGUCUAACAGCAUCUGUUGAAUAUUUACAAUAUCUAGCUAUCACUAUAGGUUUACAGAUUGAGGACAUUGCCUUUCAAGGUAAAGUUAACAUGUCAAUUUUUAUGUUUGUGAACAAUUUUUUUAUCUUUAUUCUUAGCAGUAAAUUGCUAUUGUUAUAGAGAAAUAUCAUAUAUGUGUGCUUUAUACAGUCGAUGUUGUCAAGGAAAUUACUUUUAAAACUGUUAUUAAUUUUUUUUUGUCUAUUUCCCAUGCCACUUCAUAUUUCAUGAAUAUCUGCCAUAGUAGGGGAGUUUUCCAUAACUCUGAAUGACUCUGGAAUGGAAAGUCUCCUCAGGGAUCCUGACACUUCUCUUUGCGACUCCACUGAAGCGGAGGACAAAUAUGAAAAUAUCCAUUCGUCUCACAUAUUCGGCUCAUCCUCUUCUCUGGCUGAAGAUAAGACUCAUCCCGCUAAUGACAAAUCACCUCUUAGGCCCAAGAGUCCAGGGGGCAGCUUUGACCCUCCUGGCUGUUUAGAGAAAUAUGUUGGCAUUGUUACAUUGCCAAACCAAGUACAACAGAAAGCAGUGAAAAAGGGAUUUGUGUUCAAUCUGAUGGUUGUUGGUGAGUCUGGCUUAGGCAAAUCCACUCUUGUCAACAGCCUUUUCCACACAAACCUCUAUAUGGACAGAUGCAUGCCCGGUGUUUCAGAGAAGAUAGCUCGGACAGUAUCAGUAACGAAAAACACUAUAGACAUUGUUGAAGAGGGAGUAAAUCUAAGACUCACUGUUAUCGACACCCCUGGUUUUGGAGAUGCCAUUAAUAAUCAUGAAAGCUGGAAGGCUGCUGUUCAUUAUGUAGAUCAGGAGAUGGAGAAGUACCGCAAAAAUGAGAUUGGGCUGAACCGUAAAAACAUAACAGACAACAGAGUGCACUGCUGUCUGUACUUCAUUUCGCCUCAUGGCCAUGGUCUCAAACCAAUUGAUGUGAACUUUAUGAAAGCCCUGGAUCAGAAGGUCAACAUUGUGCCUGUGCUGGCUAAAGCAGACAGCCUCACUCCAAAAGAGACCCGCAAUAUGAAGGCAAAGAUUUUGAGUGAAAUUGAUAAAUUCAAAAUCAGGAUCUUCCAGGUCUCGGAGUGCGACACGUAUAAUGAAGAUCUGUUUAAGCAGCAGACUCUAGAGAUAAAGAGAAGUAUACCCUUUGCUGUUAUUGGGAGUAGUACAGUAGUAGAGAGAAAUGGCAGAAGAGUUCGAGCCCGUGUCUAUCCAUGGGGCACUGUAGAAGUUGAGAAUCCAUCUCACAGUGAUUUUGUGCAUCUGAGGAACAUGUUGAUCCGCACACACAUGCAGGACCUGAUACACACAACCCACUAUGUGUUGUAUGAGAACUAUCGUAUAAAUAGCCUGUGCAGGAACCCAUUCUUGGAGAAUGUCUAAGGAUUUUUCAGCAAGAUGACAGAUGAGGACAAUGUGUGUCUCACUGAAAUCUCAAAACAGAAGAGGCAAUGAAAGGGCCUACUGAAGAAUUUUAAAAAAUAUAUUUUAAAGUACUAUUUUAAAAAGUUAACAAAGACAGAGCCAUGACCCUAUUGCAUGUUUGAAUUAUUUAAAUUGAAGUGUCAAUUUUAGUUUUUUUACCAUUUAGACCCACACAUUUAUUUGGGUUAAGACAAAAAUAAAUAAAUAAAAACAGAAACUAUGUAACUAAAAUACAAUCAGCCUCUUUUUACUGCUUACCUUUAAAUUAGGGUACUCAUAUUAUUACUUAGGAAACAAAUCAAUACUUUACAUGCACAUGUAUUACCAUUUAUUGUCUCUGAAAAGACAAAAUAACACUUUCUGUCUUUCUGAGAGACACAGCUGCUGUUUUUUGCUCAGGAAAAUUUCUUCUGUAAAAAAAAAAGGAAAGAAAAAACUGUCAAAUGUAUCCAGUAGUGACACCUU